UCAAGAGUUUCGUACGUGGCUUUUUGGAAGGUCUGAGUGUGUUUCGCAUAGUGUGAUUAUUCAUCAUCACGCAAGUGCGCACCAAAUCGCUAAUAAUAAUUAUCUCUUUUGGAUAAUACUCUAAAAAUUAUCAUGAACAUUCUUAUAUUACUACUCGGUCUGACGAUGGCGUACGCACAGUUCAACAAAUUCACGACUCCACCGACGCAAUAUUACAAUCCUAAUUAUUAUGGCCGGCCUUUUUACGCUAUACUGCGACAAACGCAAGAUUCCGCGCCGGACGGAUCGUAUUCUUACAGCUACGAUACAGAAAAUGGUAUUUCCGUAGCAGAGACAGGACAGCCGAAAAAUAUAGGACCGAAUCAGAUCGAGGCGGUCAGAGGUCAAUACAGUUACACGGCUCCAGAUGGUACUCCGAUCGUGGUUACUUACACAGCCGAUGAGAAUGGCUUCCUGGCAAGUGGCGCCCAUCUGCCGACACCGCCGCCAAUACCGAUAGAGAUACAACGGGCCCUGGCAUACAAUGCGGCUCAUCCCGAAGAGGAGGAACCUUAUAGGAGAUAUUAA